GUUCGAAAUGCAUAACAUCUGAUCGUCGCAACUGUUAACUUGUUGAGAUAUUGCAGGAGUAAAAAUGACAUCUUGUCUCUCCAUUCUCCUCAUCGUUGCUGCUUGUUUCGCACAUGCAGCCUUUGGUUCCGUCAUCGUGUGUGAGUAUUCAUCUGUGUACCUGUCCUGUCCGCAGAGGCAAGUGUUGUAUGUGCACUCUGGCGUAUAUGGGCGCACUCAGGGCGCUGUCAUCUGCCCUCACCCUCUAAUUCAUAUGACGAGCUGUGUUUCAACAACCUCCACUGCCAAAGUACAGAGUCUGUGUAACGGACAGAACUUGUGUCGACUCACUGCAAGCAACGAAAUACUUGGAGACCCUUGUCCAGGCACAUAUAAAUACCUGGAGGUUACAUACGCCUGCUUCUAAUAUCCUUUGUUGUUACCUUUCUGUAAGCUGCACUAUUUCCAUGUAAUGUGUCGAAUUUUAUUUAUACUUAUUCCUCCAAAAUAAGCUAUAGAUUCUCUUUUGAUCUGAGCACUUUCAUUAUUAGAUGGUUUCGUAACUGCUUUAUUAAUAUGUUGUAUUUAUCAGUUGUUGAUUGUGAAGAACUGAAACUCUACUGUAAAUAAAUGAAUAUAUAUGUGUGUUGUACUCAUGCGGAUUGACUCACCAGAUUGGAAACAUGUGCAAUAUUGCAGUAAUGUAUCAAAUAAUAAUACAUACAGAAAUAAUAAA